AUGGCAACCGUACUUAGGAACAUCGCAAUUGUUGGUGGUUCUGGACGUGUCGGCGCCUUUAUCACAAAGGCAUUGCACGAGUCCAAUCAAUUCAACCUUACCGUCGUUACUCGAGUUAGCUCAAAGGUAACAGACUACCCAUCACCCAUCAAGACCGUCCAGGUACCAGAUGACUAUCCACACGAUAAGGUGGUCGAAGCCUUCCGCGGUAACGAUGCUGUUGUCCUAGCUAUAGGAUUUGCAGGCGAACGUCACCUACCGUCAUUGGCUCGUGCUUCUGUUGAAGCUGGCGUCAAAAGGCUAGUCGCGUCUGGUUUCGGCAUCGAUGCAAGCAACCAAGCAGCUGCUGAAGUAUUUUCGGUAGCUGCGAACAAAGUAGCCAUGAUCAAGGAUUUAAAGUCUUUGGAACAACCAGGAUGGUCUUGGACAGAUGUAGCCUGUGGAGUAUUCCUAGACUUUUGCAUCCAAGUUGGCUUCUUCGGUAUUGAUCCAAAAAUCAAAAAAGCUAAAAUCUGGGACGACGGAAACGCAAAGUUCACAGCCACUACGCGCGAGGCUAUAGGUCAAGCCGUCGUCGGCAUCCUCAACCAUCCUGAAGAGACACACAAUCGAACAGUCUUUAUAUCAUCGACCGAGUUAUCGCUGAACGAUAUACUCGCGGAGGAGAAGAGAAUUGCCGGUGAAGAUGGAUGGGAUAUCUCUUAUGUCAAGACUGAAGAAGAGAUUUCCCGCACAAUUGAAGCUGCUAGGACAGCAACGGAGUUCAUGCCGAGGAUGUUGGCAGUUGGAAGAAUAGGCCUGGCUAUCAAUAUGCUGGACCGUUUUGGGUCUAACUUUAAGAUGCGAGGCGUGUUGGAGAAUGAGCUGUUGGGUGUUCCGCAGGAAAGCCUCAGGGAGGUUGUUGCGAGGAUGAGAGCGGAAAGAGCUUAG